AUGAAAUGUUGUGCCCACAUAUUGAACUUAAUUGUUCAACAAGGAUUAGGUGCAAUUCAAAGUGAAGUAGAGUCUAUUCGUGAGGGUGUUGUUUAUUGGACCUCAACUCCAAAAAGAAUGGAAAAUUUUGAGGAUGCGAAGGAUGGAUUGUCUCUUUCAAGUAAGAGAAAGUUAGUUUUAGAUUGUAAAACUAGAUGGAAUUCCACUUAUCUAAUGCUUGCGAGUGCGAUUCCAUAUAAAGAAGUUUUCAAUCGCCUUGUAUACAAAGAUAAAAGCUACAAGCAAGCACCUAGUGAUCAAGAUUGGCAUUUAGCACAAGUGAUGUGUGAGAAGCUCAAACUCUUUUAUAGUGUGACUGAAAUUUUUUCAGGGGUCAAAUAUCCCACCGCUAAUCUGUUUUUUCCAAAGAUUUGUGAGAUCCGAAUGUUGCUUCAAGAGUGUCUUAUAUCACCUUAUGUGGAGAUCAAGUUGAUGGCUGCUAAUAUGAUUGAGAAGUUUGACCAAUAUUGGUCUUUCAUUCAUGGAGUAUUAGCAAUAGCCACUAUUUUGGACCCACGAUUCAAGAUGAAGUUGAUUGAGUAUUAUUUUCCCAAAAUUUAUGGUGAUGUGUCCCCACAAGAAGUUGAGAGAAUUAGGAAGUUAACUUACGAAUUGGUAAGAGAAUACAAGCCAUAUGAUGCCAAAGAAACCCAAUCUUCUUUGAAUAAUUCUGAAUUUGGCUUGGAUAUUGAUGAUUGUGGAGAUCCUUUGGCUGGUUUUGAUUUAUUCGUGAGUACCACAUCAACAAUUGAUACUUACAAAUCUAAGUUAGAUUAUUAUUUAGAGGAGAAUGUUUUGCCAAGGACCGGGGAUUUUGAUAUUUUAGCAUGCCGGAAGGCUAAUGGUCUAAAAUAUCCAACCUUGCAACGAGUUGUUAGAGAUGUUUUGGCUAUACCGGUGUCUACAGUUGCUUCCGAAUCAGCCUUUAGUACCGGUGGAAGACAUGUCACUCUACAUCGUAAUAGACUUCAUCCGGAUACAUUGGAAGCGUUGAUUUGUGUACAAGAUUGGUUACGGGAUGAAAAAUUAGGUGCACAUUCUAAUAAAGAAAAACAUCUUGCAAAGUUUGAAGUUAUAAAAGAUGAUGAAGCCGGUCCAAGCUUUGUGGAUUUUGAUAUUUAG